AUGUCUGGACUCGCCGAUUAUCUGGCCAAGAAUUAUCUCACAGCAGACUCGGAAAAGAAGUCCAAGAAGCGCAAGAGGAAGAACAAGGAUGCCGGACUCAUCAUUGACGACGACGACAGUCUGGGCUGGAAAGACAAGGCAGACGACGACGACGAGGAUGCGCCAAUGAUAGUCGGUGGAGGCACACUCAAAAAGUCCAAGAAGAAGUCCAAAGGCACCAGUGCCGCAACAUGGACAGCAGUGGGUGUCGCCGCGCCCUCCCACGCCGAACAACUCGCAGCCGAUGCAGCUGCCGCCGACGCCAUUAUAGCAGGGACCGCCGCCGAUCGCCAAAAAGCUGCUGAAGCCGAGGAUGAAGCACCAGAGAUGGUAGACACAGACGGCGUCAUGAGGAUGGAGUCUGGCGCAAAGGCAGGACUGCAAAGCGCCGCUGAGGUCGCGGCAGCAACGAAGAGAAAACAAGACGAGGACAAGCGCAAGGCCGAGGAGGUCGCAAAGGAAUUGGGGAGCGCCGCGCAAGAAACUAUUUACCGAGACGCCAGUGGUCGCAUAAUCAACGUCGCAAUGAAGCGCGCAGAAGCGCGCAAAAAAGCCGAAGAAGAGGAGCGCAUAAAGCGGGAAAAGGAGAAGGCAGCUCGCGGAGAUGUACAGAACGCAGCGGCCGAGCGCAGGAAACAACAGUUACAGGAUGCAAAGACAAUGACCAUUGCGCGGUAUGCAGAUGAUGCAGAACUCAACGACGAGCUGAAAGAACGGGGGCACUGGAACGACCCGGCUUCAGGCUUUCUGCGCAAGAAAAAGGCUGGACGUAGUAUUACCGGCAAGCCUCUGUACCAAGGACCAUUCCAACCAAACCGGUACAACAUCCGUCCAGGGCAUCGGUGGGAUGGCAUCGAUCGGGGAAAUGGGUUCGAGAAGCAGUGGUUUGAUUCGAGAAACCGCAAAGCAAAUAUCGAGAAGCUGGAGUACCAAUGGCAGAUGGACGAGUAG